AUGAUGCUACCUGAUUCACCACAAAAUAUUGUUAUUGUACGUGCACCAUCACCAUCUGUUCACUAUAUUCCUGGUAGUAUGACUAGUGACACAUCAAGUGGAAUUUUAUUGACGUCACAUAAUCAUCAACAAACAACAGUAUCAACAAUACAACAACCAGUUCAUUCAUUUAGUCAACCUGUUUCAGAAUCUUGGUGUUUAACAAGUGUUAAAGUUAUUAAAUUUUCAUUUAAUUGGUCAAUAAAUAAUUUUUCAUUUUGUCGUGAAGAAAUGGGUGAAGCUUUAAAAUCAUCAUCAUUUUCAGCGAAUACAAACGAUAAACUUAAAUGGUGUUUGCGUCUGAAUCCAAAAGGUCUCGAUGAAGAAUCAAAAGAUUAUUUAUCACUUUAUUUAUUACUUGUUGCUGCUCCGAAUAGUGAUGAAACUAAAGCUAUGGAAUCUCAACGUGCUUAUCGAUUUGUUCAAGGAAAAGAUUGGGGUUUUAAAAAAUUUAUUCGUCGUGAUUUUUUAAUUGACGAAGCUAAUGGCCUUUUACCAGAUGAUAAACUAACUUUAUUUUGUGAAGUUAGUGUAGUUGCAGAUAGUGUUAAUAUCAGUGGACAAACACAGAUUAAUUCAUUUAAAAUCCCUGAAUGUCAGUUAAGUAAUGAAUAUCAAUCAUUGCUUGAUAAUCCAGUAUAUUCUGAUGUAACACUUGUUUGUGGUCAAAGAGAAUUUCCUGUUCAUAAAGCAAUUUUAAGCGCACGAUCAAAAGUCUUUCAAGCAAUGUUUGAACAUAAAAUGUUAGAAAAUGAACGUUCACGUGUUGAAAUUGAAGAUAUUGAUGGUGAUAUUAUGUUUGAAAUUCUUCGUUUUAUAUAUACAGGUAAAGCGCAAAAUAUGGAGAAAUUAGCGGAUGCACUUUUACCAGCUGCUGAUAAAUAUUGUUUGGAAAGAUUAAAAGUACAAUGUGAAGAAGCAUUAUGUUUAACAAUUGAUCGUGAUAAUGUUGCUGAUACACUUAUACUUGCUGAUCUUCAUUCAGCGACACAAUUACGACAACAAGCUAUUGAUUUUAUUAAUACACAUUCACAAGAUGUACUGGAAACUCCAGGUUUUCAAAUGAUGAUUGGUACACAUCCACAUUUAUUAGCCGAUGCUUAUCGAGCAAUGGCAUCAUCACAAAAUAAUAUUAUUUGUCCGCCAAGAAAAAAACAAAGAACUGCAUAA